UGGCAGUAGACGAACGGCUUUCGAACGAGCAACAGCACCAUGAGCUGUCAGAAUUGCCUAGGUUUCUUGCUCUUGGCAUUGAUUACUCCCUCUUUGAUCGAAGCCUAUGGAGAUCAAAGCCGCCAUCGAUUGUUUCUGCAGUCCGAGCAGGCCUUGAAAACUAUUAGCAGCCAGCUAGUUCUACAGGCAAUUGAGCUGGUGGACUAUGUGGUGGAAGAUCUCAUCGUCUUGGACUCCCAAAACUCCAUACUCCUCGGCUACUUAGAUCGUUUCGAUGCCUUUACAGCCGUCAAUGCAAAUCACACAGAGCAGAAGCUAAGUGCAUUUUAUGGCGUAGUUGAAGAAUAUCUCGAUUCUGAUACCACCGGGGAUCCGAUGAGGGCCAACAGUCUUGAGACCCAGUUGAUAGCCCUCUGUCUGCAUCGCAAUGGAUUCGAUCGCUUUAAGCGAACUGUUCAGACCCGAACUGCCCAACUCCAAAAGUUGAUAUACAAAAAGCUGAAGAAGCACCUGGAGUCCAUUGACAGAGAGGAUCGUAUUGCUGUGGAACGCAGGUGGAGAAGAAUCCUAACGCGUGGCGGACCCCGGAGAUUGGAGAAGCUGAGGGAGUUCGUCAAGUGGCUGGGAAAAUUCAGAGAUUAGCAAGCAAUGAGCCCAGGUGAACGACUUGAUGGUCUGAAAGAUAUGCCAGUUAGUGAUAAGAAGAGCUAUAAAACGUAUAAAUAGGUGUGUACGCUAAAAUAAAAUAUUUAUCAUAUAAUUAUAACCAAUUA